AUGCAGGGACCGCCUUCAUCAGUCCUGAACGCGUGGCCUAAACCGAAUUAUGUAAAUCCAGAAACGCGGGGAAACCUCAAGAUCGUGCUCAACGUGGUGUUGUACACGAUCUUGCUUUGCUUUGUGGGGCUGAGGAUUUUUACGAGAACCUAUCUGAGGAAAAUCUUUGGAGCCGAUGAUGUCCUCAUUUUGGUCGCGUUGCUUCCUACAACCGCGUUUUUUAUUAUAAGCAUACUAGCAGACACUAAAUUUCUCUGGACGCGACAUUCAUACGAUAUUCCUGCAAGUGACAUCCCUCGUGGCCUGAAAAUGGUUUUAGCAACUGAGAUUGUCUUUGCUGCCGCCUGUACGCUGACAAAACUCUCCAUGCUCCUCUUGGUCCGACGAAUCCUUGCCUCUGCAUCACUUUUCUGGCGGCGCCUCACCCUUUUCGCCAUUUGGAUUGUUGGGUUGCAAGGCACAAUCUUCUGUCUCACAGUCUUGUUCCAAUGCCGACCCAUUAGCGCAUCUUGGGCUGUCACAGCGGAGAGGAAUCCCAACUGUAUAGAUGAUACUGCUUCUCUUUUGGUUGCAGGAAUCAUUAACACUUUAACGGACUUCGUUGUUGUAUUAUUACCCAUUAGGACAGUUUGGAAUUUGAAGCUGCCUUCACAUCAUCCGCAGAGUAUUUCUUCCGACCUACACAUUCGGAAACUCUUACCGUCACGAAGGACCGUUCCGUUGGUAAUACUGUUCGCCUUUGGUUUCCUCAGCUGUGUAGCCGGGGGAAUGAGAACAUACUAUACCUGGGAGAUUAGUAGGACCUGGGAUAAGAUAUGGGCUAGUUACCCAGUAUGGGUCUGGGCAUCGCUGGAAUUGUAUAUUGGUAUCAUAUGCGCUUCAAUUCCAGCCUGUAAACCAUUCUUCACCCACUACCUCCCCUCCAUCUUUGGCUCUCCACGAACCCCAACACCACACUUCACCUACGUAUCGUACACACAAUACACACCUUCUCGUACAUUAAGCCACUCCCACUCACUCCACUCGCAAGAACCUCGAGACGAAUUUCCGCCCUCUAGAAACGGCGACAACCAAAUGAUGGACUUCAACGAAGCACUGCGUGUACGUGCUGGUACCGCCGAGCCCAAGAUUCCGCCGCCUGUUGAAAGGGGCGAGAUAGCGGAGUGGGGAGGUGUAGAUAUUGGAAUCAGCAGAGAUGGUGGCGCGAAGGAAGGUAAGGGUGAUGGACAUGUUUAUAUGAGAGAGUUGUAA